AUGUCUAUCAGCUCCCUGAGAGCUGAGAGCUGCGAUGCGGUGGAGCUCUAUAAUGCCGUCCCCAGAUUGCCGUCGCUGACGUCUUUCCUGGAUGCAGAUCCGAGGCCGACUUUUCUUGUUCCUAUUAAUGAGUUUGGACCCGUGUUAUUUGAACUAUCAUUUCGAAAUGCCGCUUUCCUACAGGGCUACUUUGAGGCUGACACCUUGGCCGAGACCAACGAGGGCAGACACUUUCGGGCGUGGACCCAGGUGGUGAAGCACUGGAGAGAGGAGUACAGUUUCGCAGGAAGAAUAUGGACUGGUUUCAAGAUUCAAGGCCACUGGAAAUGCAUUCAAGCUACCGGCAUCGCAAAGGACAGCAAUGGCGAGGAGAGCUAUUUCGCGCUGCCCCCAUCGAGUACCAGAGCCCUCGAGGGCGUCAAUAUUGCAGACGUGCGGCUAGCAAGCCUUUACAAGAUGAUGGAAAUGAGUGAUGUUGGCACCUUCGAGUACAGCCCGCAGGGGCAGCUUCUACGCGCAAAUGAAUCGUGGUACCGUUUGAGCCUCCACCCGCCGGGAGGGGAAGCACCCGACUUUUCCUUCAUGGACCUCGUGUAUCCGGCAGAUACGGCUCUCGUUCUUGCACAAUGGAACAAACUCGCUCAGGGAAUUCCCAUUACUUUUGAGAUGAGAUGGAAAGGGAAAGAUUACCGGGACUCUGCCGGGGAUGACGAGCCUGGUCAAUUCCAAUGGGUCCUAUCAGCCUGCGUGCCAAUACAGGACGAUCACGGCAAUCUUCUCAGUAUCGCGGGAAACACGAUCGAUAUCAAUGCACAGAAAAUGGUGCAAGAGGAAGCGCUUCAACGAGCGGAAGCACUGGAACGGGCCCGAGCGAGCGAGCGCAAGUUUGCGAGAUUUGCACUUCUAGCACCGAUAGCCAUAUAUAUCUGCGAUGCAAAAGGACGAAUGACAUACUGCAACAAUCGCUUUUUUGAGUUGACUGGACAUCCUGUUACGAACGAGUACAGAAACAUCAACUGGAAUUACGUUGCCUUUCCAGAAGAUCAGAGCAUCGUGGACGAACAGUGGAAGAAGCUCGUUCACGAAAAGCAGCGCACCAUGGCGCAUUUCCGCCUACGGCACACCUGGGGGCUUGGAGAUGGCAAUGUCAGGCAAGCAUGGAUCGAGAGUCAAGCGUUUCCUGAACUCGACCAAGAGGGCAACGUUGUCUCUAUUUUCGGAACCAUGACGGAUAUAUCGCGGUUCAAGUGGGCAGAAGAGAUUCAAAAGUCGCGAGUACAGGAGGCUCUUGAUGCCAAACACAAGCACGAGAACUUCAUAGACAUGACCUCGCACGAAAUGCGCAAUCCACUUUCAGCGGUCAUCCAGUGUGCGGACUCCACUAUCGACUCUUUAAGAUCCGUCUCGUCGCUCACGGCGCGUUGGCGACACGAAGACUUGGUCACGGUCACGAAGCAAAUCGACAACGAAAUCAAUGUUUGUCUGGACUCGCUACACACCAUUAUAUCAUGUUCCAACCAUCAAAAGCGUGUCAUAGACGACGUGCUCACUUUGUCCAAGAUGGACUCAAACCUUCUGGCGAUUACACCAAUUCGAGUGAACCCUGCAAGUAUCGUCUCCGAGGCCGUUCACAUGUUUGAGCUUGAAUGCCACAAGGACGAGAUUGAGCUCAAGUUUGUCGAGGAUCCAUCAUUGAAAGAAAUUGGCGCGCAAUUUGUCAUGAUGGAUCCAAGUCGUGUGCUUCAAGUUCUAAUCAACCUGUUGACCAAUGCCAUUAAAUUCACCCGCGACCGGCGACACCGCAAGAUCGAAGUCAUCCUGGGUGGGCGCGUCACAAAGCCCUCUGACGGCUUUGGAGGCAUACCCUUUGCCAGUGUUACAACGGAUGCCAGCGGUCUGCUGGACAAGGAAGAUUGGGGGGCCGGCCGACAAGUGUACAUAUGGAUACAAUGUCGUGACACGGGUUGUGGCAUGACCACGGCCGAACAGGUCAACCUGUUUACGAGGUUCUCACAAGCGACGCCGAGGACGCAUAUCCGCUAUGGUGGCAGUGGAUUGGGCUUGUUCAUAUCCAAGAAGCUCACCGAGCUGCAGGGCGGAGCCAUUGGAGUCCAAUCUGAACCAGACGUUGGCUCGACCUUUGCCUUCUUUGUGGCCACGCGAACGACCGACCCUCCGACCCCAGCCGGAAGAUUCGACACGCUUGGAGAUUAUCCCCUUACCAGAGUCAUGAGCAAGGAUGGCCACCCCAUAGAGGGCCAGGAAGCAUUGAAUGCGAGCAUAGAAAAGGCGCCUCGGUACUCGGUUCUAAUUGUGGAAGACAAUCUUGUAAACCAAAAGGUCCUGUCCCAACAAUUGCGCAAGGCGGGUUGCGAGGUUUACGUAGCCAACCACGGCAAAGAAGUCCUAGAGUUUCUACGCAAAACAGAAUACUGGAAGUCAGAUCCGCUACCUUCUCCUCCUUCCUCGGGCCACUCCUCCUCUGCGCCCAUGCCCAUGAUGAAUGGCCAUGUUCCCACAUCUCCACCCGAGUCGCCGCCUGUGCUGGACACGAGAUCAGUAGCACAGUCAUCAUCCCAGCAAGCCAUCAAGCUCUCCGUCAUCCUUAUGGAUAUCGAGAUGCCUGUAAUGGAUGGACUGACGUGCACACGGGCGAUACGCGACCUCCAGGACACCGGCCAGAUUACCAGCCACGUGCCCAUCAUGGCCGUGAGCGCCAAUGCGCGCAGCGAGCAGGUGGCCCAGGCUCGCGAGGCCGGCAUGGAUGACGCCAUUUCCAAGCCCUUCCGUAUCCCCGAGCUCAUGCCCAAGAUUGAGGGCCUGGUCAAGGGAGAUGGACCUGUCGUUGUGUUGCCGGCCGCGACGCCUCUCUCAUAA